GUGUCGGGCGGGGCCUAGUUUAUGGGCAUAGGAAGUGUAGUGGCCCUAAGGCCCACUCCAACAAUCCCAUAGUUUUUGACAAACCAUUGUCUAGUUCUGAGCCACUGAUGCUUUGGGAAGCAGCAGUUGCUGAGCAAUCUCUGGGAUUUGGUGCACGGAGUUGGAUAGAAUAG